AUGCCGAACGAAAAAUUAUCAGUAUCGGGUGUAGAGACCUUAACCUGUCCCGAUGCUGCAAAGGUUACCAAUGCGAGCAGCUACGAUGAAGCGGAGGAGCUAUUACUUCUACACAUGGCAGACAAUCAUGAGCCUGUCUCUCCGAAGCUCAAGGUGAUCAUGGCGUUAGAGGAAGGCAGAGACACGUCCAGCAUAGGAAAACAGAGACAAGUGUCUCCAUUACUUAUGGAACGUCCUAAAAGUUCGGGGAUUGACAUGACAGCUUUCUGCUUCGGAAGGCCCACCCAGGGUCCAAAUUCUUUCUCCCUUCAGCCAGCAAGGCGCUCUCCAUUGGGCACCACGACUCAAAAAACCGAUGCUCCUCUCGAUCGUGGAACGAACCAACCUAUGCUAAUGCUCGUCGGGAUACGCAGUUCUUCGUAUCCAGAGAAUGCCGAGUCUGGCACUGGCAAUCAGAGGGCGGCAUUGCAGAAUCAGCUACCAGAAAUGCAAAACCCACAUUCUACCUCUCCAGAUACGGGAAACGCGACAGUGGAUGGUGUACAAAGCUUACAUGCUUCACAUUCUAAGGCCAGACCUGUGCCACAAGAUGAUCAACUGUCCUUAGCCAACCCCCGAAUGAUGCCCCCUGAGAACGCAGCACUGCCCGGCCUUAAGGAAGGUGCCAAGCGCUUGGCCACGACUCGUCCUCUUAAAUCCCUACCUGUUCCCAAUCAUCGUAGCGAACAGAGCAAGGCGCAUGACCAACAUGUAUUGGCACGUAUUAACAAUAAAGCCAAAGUCGGAAAACGCCAGGGUUCAAACCGAAGUCAGGGCCCCAACACGAAGAAGCCAUCUAUUAUGGGAUCUGAAAACGGAGGAUCUAGGUUGUCGGAGGAAGAAUUAUUCCACUUGUUAAUUGAUCGUAUCAGGGAUCGUGAGGAAACUGCAAUUGCUGCUUUUCAUCUCCGAGAGCAGAUGGAGGCAGAAGCUAUGAAGGUUGCAGAAGAGAAUCAUACACUGAAAAGCCAGCUGGCACUGUCCAACAAGCAAGUUCAGAAACAAGCAUCUGAGUUAAAAGUCUGCGAGUCACGGCUCGGAGUAUGGAGAUCGAAGAUCACGAAGUUUAAGGGCUUCCUGAACGAACUUGGCUGCGACUUUCAGAAUCUUCGCGGCGAAGCCAUUCAACUGAAAGCAACAAGGAAGGAGUUGUUUAACGAGCGGGAUGAGAUAACCACUAGCAUCAACGAGGCAAGAGCCCAUUUAGCCGAGGCUUCAACCAGUGUUGAUAAAAGGCGAGAUCAACUGCUGAAGGUGGAGGGCCAACUUAAUUUGCUCAAACAGGAUUUGAAAAAUGCGCAGGACAGAGCCAAUUAUCUUCUAAGUCAACUCUCCGAUGAGAAGAAAAGGUCCAAGCUUCUUGAAAUGUAUAUCCAAGAUUGCUCUCGGACCCAGACAACAAGGAUGGGGCAGAUCAUGUCGCACCAACAUGAAAUGAUGAAGAAUCUCGACACGGCUUUCAAAACGUUGGGGCACCAGCACGAUGCUUCCCUCAAGAUCAUUCAGGAAAAUCUACAUCCUGAUGUCAAUGAGUGUCUGGCUUCGCUUCGAAAAAUGUCAGAGAUGUUCUCAAGUGACGAGAAGGAUGCACAAGUCUGCAAAGAUCUUAUCCAAAGUUUCGCAUCUCGUAUGGACUCAAUGAUGCUGCAGAUAAAUGCAGAUGUUGGUAAAGGGGCCGAGGCAAAUGCAAGUCUGACUCAAACUCUGAAAGAGCAGGUCACAGUCAUCGAGAAGCAGAUUGCUAGCGACCUCGACUUGUCCAAAAAGCUUUCUGUAAAUUCGGAUAAUUAUGGAAGCCUGCUGAAAGCUCUCGACCCAUUCACCACGACCACUGAUAAGAUUGCUUGCUCGGUGCAGGGAUUAGAGGCCAAGGACAUCGGGCUGGCUGACCAAAUGAAUGCCCUAAGAAUUAGCCUAGCAGAACUACAGAUUCCCCAGCCGAUUAACAUGGCAAAAGAAGAGGCCUGUCGUUACGAGAUGAUAGUUGCCGAAAUGAGAGACAAGAUGGAGCAUAUGUCGGAAGAUCUCAAGGUGGCUCAAGAAGCACUUAAAGCGAAGGAGCUUGAGACGGAAGCGAUAAGAAUAUCCCUAUCAGAGUCAUCAUCGAAGGCCAACGAUGCUGAGUCCCGCGCUCGUGCAUUCGAACUGGAAGCGGCUGCAUUGAGGGAUGAAGUCAAGUCUGUCGAGUCAAGGGUCCGUGAGGAGCUCAAUCGAGCGAGUGUUGUCUCCCGAGAACAAGGCCGAGCGAGAUACGACCAACAACUUCAUGAGCUUUUGCGUGAGAAGGUCGAAGUUGAGAGGAAUAUGGAGAGGAUCUUAACGCAGCUGGCUGAGGCUCGACUAACGCUGGUGGAGAGCGAAGACAAAGCGAAGGAGCGUGAGGAUGAGAUGCAGCUCAUUCUCACAUCUAAAGAAAAGGAGAAUGAGGAACUCAAAUGCCGCGCUUCAGAGAGUGCAGCUAAACUAGAAGACCGGAAUAUGGAAUUAGCAAGACUUACGGAGUUGCAGUCCCUCGGCGAAACUCAGCUGGCCACGCUCCACCAUGAAAUCGAAAAAGCCACUAGUCGUAUAACAAUCCUCGAAAAAGAACGCACCGAAAUUUGUAAUGAGAGCCACAAAUUAACGGAGCAUCUUCAAGCGAAGCAUGAUGUACUUCACGCUGAAUUUCAGGAAAAGGAAGCAGAAUGUGCCCUUAUCCAGACUCAACUUACAGCUACGAUGUCAGAAAAGUCCGAUCUCGAAUGCAGGCAACAGAAAAGCAAGGAAGAGAUGGAGGCAUUAACGAAAAGGGUCCAAGAAUCGGAGCACGGGAUGAAAAAGGUUAGGGAUAUACUCAGUCAAGUGGGUAUAUCUACGCCUGGAAAGACUUUCACAGAGGUAUGUAGCAUCUUGGAGACUACUCUGCGCACGGCCCAGAAUAAGACCACCGACCCUCAAUCGAAUUCUCCGGGAGGAAAGGAAGGCAUCAGUUGUUCGAACCUCGGGACUUCGACACCGCAAAAGAACAAUAUGAGCCUAGGACAAGAAUUGUACAAGGCCACAGAAGUGAUUUACAGAGCGCAGAGUAUCCAAGCAAGCAUAAUAUCCUCUCCUUUCCCGCGAGAGAACAGCACAGCAAACCAACAGCAUCUCUGCUCGGCGCAGAACCCCAAUAUUGUACCAUUCUCGAGCAUUCGCCACCAGUCUUCUCCGAUGGAUAGCUCAGUGUUUGGAAAUGAUCAGGAUGAGCUUGCAGCUAUGUUGUUGAUCACGCCUGAGAAAAAGGUGAUCACAGAAUGUGAUAACACCAGCAAAUCGGAUGAGACCCAAGCGACAAAACGGGCGGUGGAUAUGGAACAACAGGAAAAGAUAUCACAGAUGCAUGCUCCUGGAAUGGCAGCUGAUGAAGCUGCCGUCACAGUCAAAGCCCCAGUGCCACAUCCGAGUUCCGAAUCACAGGAAAAGGGUAAGCAGAUGCCUGACAGUAAAGGCGACAUCAAAGCGAACACAACGAAGGCCAAAUCAGUCACUUUUGAGACACAAAGUCCAACAUCUGCGGGCUUGAAACGAAAGCUACCAGAGGCCAAGAACAAUGACGCUCCGAGCAGCGUGCAGAGUAUGUCGCUAAUCGAGGACAGACCGGCACGUGUCAACCGGCGAACAUAUUCCCGCGCUCGACAUUCAAUGUCAAGAGGCGCAGCAAAAGCUACGGAUCAAGCCGCUCGUCCCUCUGCAGGUGGGAUAGCGGACAGAGACAGUCAUGCCACCACCCGCGCCAAUGCAAACAAACGAACAAGAGCCUCGAUAGAUCCUCCUGCUCAGAAACCGCAGACGAAGCCGGUGACUGAGUACUUUGAGCGCAAAUCGAGCCCCACGAAGCUUGCUUCUGGAAGCAGCCGAACUCCUUCGAUGAAUGCAAGCCAGAGCAAUAACCAAAAGUGGCCUGCUCGUAGUGGAAGAGGUUCACGAAGGACGAGAGGUGAGCAACCCAUACAACACGUGGAUUGACGCUAAAUCCGAUAGGGGAUCAUUACAACGCGC